ACGUCCACACGUUGACCGCCUGGUGGACUGAACACGCCUGCGCAGCAAAGGGGACAACUUCCAUCCAACGUUUCAUUUACUGUAUAUUUAAAAAUAUAUAUAAAUGAGUAAAAAAUAAUCAAAACGGGAAGUGAAGAAUUCGCUCGCUGCUGUAAAAUGCCGUAAACGGACAUUACAACCGCGCGACAACAACAACAACAACAACAACAUCAUCGCAACAAAACAACGGAUCCACUUCCGGUUUCUGGAUGUUGCUGUCAGACUCCAGUAUCUUUCUGUAACCAAGCAAACACCGCGCGCCGCCGGCAGCAGCAGGCGGUCCCAGAGCUUUAGUAUGAGCGAAGGAGACGUGUUUCACGAGAAGCAACGACUGGAGCUGUGCGCGAUCCAUGCGCUCAACAACGUGCUCCAGGAGCGGGUGUUCACCAAGGAGACCGCCGAUGACAUCUGCAAACGGCUGGCUCCCCAGUGUGUGGUGAACCCCCAUCGCUCAGUGUUGGGUACAGGAAACUAUGACGUCAACGUCAUCAUGGCGGCACUACAGAGCCGGGAACUGGCGGCCGUGUGGUGGGACAAACGCAGAACGGUUCAGAGCCUUUGCAUGCCAAAGGUCCAGGGUUUUAUUCUUAAUGUCCCCUCCCGGGUAUCUCUGGGGAUCGUGUUCCUCCCACUCCGACGACGACACUGGCUCGCGGUUCGGCAAGUAAAUGGACAGUACUACAACCUGGACUCCAAACUGAAAAGCCCCGUCUGUAUCGGGGGAGAAGCAGAACUACGCACAUUUCUCAGCGAACAGCUUUCUCAGGACGUGGCAGAGAUGCUGCUGGUUGUUCGGCGGGAGGUGGAGGAGGACGGCUCGUGGCUGAACUCUGAUAACCCCACGAAGUGAUGCUUCGGGACGGGAAAGACCGUGACAUAGUAUGGGACUUAAAACAAAUUUAAAAAAAAAAAAAAAAAAAAAAAAACACCUCAGUACAGGAAACUCUUCAGGGAAUGCACGAAAACACACAUUCGAUAUCUACACACAGGAAAUUCCAAAGAGAAGCAGAGACCGGCGUUUACUCCUGAGAUAAAGAACUGUUUCGAUUGUAACGGAUGCAAAAGCAUUUGCUCUGAUAUGACCCAUGUGUAUGCAUUGUCCUUCUCUCAGUACCUUUGUUUUGACCACAGGGAAGGUGUAUCUAAGCUGACAAAGUUUGAAGCAAAUGUGGGCGUGUUGGAUGACACUCGAGUUGUGUCUUAUGACUGAACUUUUACUCUUUCGUGGUAGAGAGAUUGCAGUGUUUGUGCAUGGAAAAUCCCAUCUGCAAUAAGGACACCUCUACUACUUUGAGUACAAAAUCAUAACCAAGAUCAAAAUGGUGUAGUUUUCGUAGACUAUUACAAUCAAGUCGUCCAAAUCAGAUCAAUAUGUGCUGUGGCUACAAGAUGGCCAUGUCAAAAAGUAUCAGUUAUCCAUCUCUACCCACUACCAUGAUGGUAAACCUCCUAUGCACUGCAGUUAGAUUUGUUAGCACUGUUUGUCUGUGUGUGUGUGUGUGUGUGUGUGUGUGUGUGUGUGCUCACAGACUCAGGUGCUGUGAAGGCAUCGCCUGGUGAGGCAUUGAAGGACCGCCAGUGUCUUUGCACGUUUUCAUCCGUUAACUGUUGCGCUCUAAACGUUUUUCAUAGCUUGCCGCAGUGUGUUUGGUUGUCUUCUUGGCUGCCUUUUUUGUUUUCCUCUCAUUUAGCUUUUAGAGUGAGAAAAAAGAAAAGACGGUUUGCAGAGAUUUAAAGUGUGCCUGAGAGCUCUAAUCCAUCCCAAUGAACAUUGUGAGCGUUGAUUUGCACUGAAUGCACGCCGUUGGGAUGCUUUGAGAAGUGAAAAGCAGACAGGACUUUGAUUAGGAUGCAAUUCUCCAUUUCAUCCAGGUCUCACGUCUUUCCAGGUUGAGUUUUACACAGUUUUAUCAUGAAGGAAAGAAGAUAGAAUGUUAAUUUUCUAAAAGGAAAGGUUUUCUGUAAACUAAAUCUUUUUUUUUUUUAUAACUAACAUGCAAAAACACUGGUUCUGACUGUAUGUAACCUCUGUGUUUGUAUUGUGUCUCUUCUGUUGAUCUAUGCAUAUCCAGAAUAAUAGGAGCACUGUCUCUGGUACACACUAGUGACUAUACUCACACAUAAACCUCAGCUCAGAGGUUCGUAAUAGUGAAACUUAUUUAUAUUAAACGUUGACCUCUUGUUUUAAGUAUGAA